CUCUGCAGGAGCUGUCUUUGCCCUUCUCUGUAUCAGCCAGAAAUGUCUAACCUGAGAGAGCUGUGUAAAGGGCUGCCCCUGCACCCCUUACCAGAAAAUAAAGGACGGAGGGAUGGCUUACCCCAUGCUCCUGUGAGAACCCCCAACCUUUCUCCAAAGGAAGAACAGCUGGCACUGAAGAAUGCUCUGCGGUAUUUCCCCCCUGAAGUACACAAGCUUCUGGCACCAGAAUUUGCCCAGGAGCUAAAACUGUAUGGGCACAUCUACAUGUACAGAUUCUGUCCAGAUAUUGAGAUGAGGGCCUACCCAAUUGAGAACUAUCCUUGUAAGACUAAAUCAGCCGCAGCAAUAAUGCACAUGAUCAUGAACAACCUGGACCCCUCCGUAGCCCAGUUUCCCCAGGAACUCGUGACUUAUGGAGGGAAUGGCCAGGUCUUCAGCAACUGGGCACAGUUCAGAUUGGUCAUGUCCUAUUUAUCUGAGAUGACAGAGGAGCAGACCUUGGUCAUGUAUAGUGGCCAUCCCUUGGGCCUCUUCCCUAGCAGCCCCAGUGCACCACGGCUUGUAAUCACCAAUGGAAUGGUAAUUCCCAAUUAUUCCUCCAGAAUGGAAUAUGAGAAAUUCUUUGCAAUGGGAGUCACAAUGUAUGGACAGAUGACAGCUGGAAGCUACUGCUAUAUUGGUCCUCAAGGAAUUGUUCAUGGCACUGUGCUGACAGUGCUCAAUGCUGGCCGGCGCUACUUGGGAGUGGAAGACUUAAGUGGGAAGGUUUUUGUUACAUCUGGUCUUGGAGGAAUGAGUGGUGCCCAAGCCAAGGCUUCUGUCAUUGCUGGCUGUGUGGGGGUGAUAGCUGAGGUGGAUAAAGCUGCUCUCUUGAAGCGUCACCAGCAAGGCUGGCUAAUGGAAGUUACGGAUAGCCUAGAUCACUGCAUCAAAAGACUCAGGGAAGCAAGAAAGAAGAAAAUGCCUCUUAGCCUGGGUUACCAUGGGAAUGUGGUUGAUCUUUGGGAGAGGCUGGUCUAUGAGCUGGACACAACUGGGGAACUGUUAGUAGACCUGGGAUCUGACCAGACCUCUUGCCACAACCCUUUCAAUGGUGGAUAUUAUCCUGUACAGCUCAGUUUUCAGGAAGCCAAUCAGCUCAUGGCCAAAGAACCUGCCAAGUUUCGGGACCUGGUGAAAGAAAGUUUGAAGAGGCAUGUAGCAGCAAUUAAUAGACUUUCUGAGAAAAGCUUCUUUUUCUGGGACUAUGGCAAUGCUUUCCUCUUGGAAGCUCAGCGAGCUGGUGCUGAUGUAAUGAAAAAGGGAGGUAAUAAAACAGAAUUCAGAUAUCCAUCCUAUGUCCAGCAUAUAAUGGGGGACAUAUUUUCUCUGGGCUUUGGACCUUUCCGAUGGGUUUGUACAUCUGGGGACCCCCAGGAUUUGGUGACCACAGACCAACUGGCUACAUCCGUUCUGGAGGAGGCUAUCAAGCGUGGAGGUAUAUUCAGAAAACACAGAAUACGUGAAUUUCAUAAAAAGCAUUUACUUUUUUUCAGGGGUGAAGUAAUAAAUGGAGGAUUUGGCCUGGUGUUGGAUGGAACUGAAGAAGCUGAACGGAGAGCUAGAAUGAUGCUGAGUUGGGAUGUAUCCAAUGGAGUGGCCCGGCGUUGCUGGUCAGGAAAUAAGAAAGCGUAUGAAAUCAUCUGCCAGACAAUGGAGGAAAAUCCAAAACUGAACGUCACCCUUCCUUAUGAUGUACUGGAUGAAAGCAUUUUGGAAAAAGCUCUUCGAUGCUAGGCAACAAGGAAAGAAUUUGGCCUUUUUGCUGUAUUUCUUUAAUAAUUAUUAUCAUCAUUUAUGUUUUUUGGGUUCUUUAUAAUUUCAAAAGUGCCUUCCUAUCAAUCAUCUUGGUUAAGUCUCAUUACCCACAUUUCUCAGAGGGGGAAACUGAGGCUGAUAUAGCUGAAGAUUUGGCCCACAAGCAUUCAUUAAGUAUCAACCAUGUGCCAGCCAGAACCAGGACCAGAACUCAUGUUUUCUGGCUUCCAGUCUAGUGCUUUUCCCAUUAUAUAUUGUUUCAUUGGUAGGGGUAAUAAAGACUUAUGAAACUGG